CAUAGACACAUACUUCAAAUUCGGUGUUCAUCAAUUCAUUGGCAGAGCCGCAGGGAGAAGCACCUAAGAGUCGAAGAACGCAAACACGUCGGGCCCUCCGCAAAUCCGCUUACAGCUCCGUCGCAGGUCCGCUUAGGCGCUUACAGCUCACGUCUUCUGAUUGAUUCGUUGAACUAGAUGUAUCCAAUACGUGAAAUGGUUAACAUCCCAGAUUCACAUAGAUUCGUGUUCACACGGUAAUUGGGUUGAAUCUUGUACAUGGUAGGCUGUAUGGGCUUUAAGGAAUGUUGCAGGUGAUUCCCCUAAAUGUCGUGACCUUGUACUUGCACAAGGUGCUUUGAUUCAGCUACUAUCGCAAUUAAAUGAGCAUACAAAGUUGGCAACGCCUCCCGGACCUCCAAAUACAUUUCACUUGUCUCGCUGCCCUAACCCUCCAAUUGAACGCCUACUUUUCUAUAGAAGAACAUAUAGGAAAUGGAUGAAACACUAAUAAUUACUGUGAAUCUGGUGAUUCUUUAUUAAAAUCAAAAGCUGAAGCUGCUUCAAUUUCUUCUCUGCAGGAGAGCUUAGAGAAAAAGAAAAAUGAACCGGGAUUUUUGGAGAAGACAUAAAAUAAAGGUCUAUGUUUCUCUUGGGCUUUGUGGAGGUGGGUACCUAUUAUACAAGUUUUAUGAUGCUUAUUCAAAGAGGAUUUCUGAACUCGAGAGACAACUUGCUGAUGAGCAAGAGAAUGAUGAGCUUCUUAAGGCCCAGAUGCAAAUGCACUUUGAGAACAUCCAAAGAAUAGCUAAUACAAUGACAUUGCCACAUGCCAUGCUUUAUUUGAGUAGCCGGGUCUCAGAAGAGUUGGAUCUUUUACAUCUUACAGAGAGGUUGAUAAAAGGAAAGGGUCAGCCCAACAGUUUGACACCUUCAGAAAAACUUGAGCUUUGGGAUAGGCUUAAAAUAUUAAGUUUCACCAGGAUGGUGUUGUCUAUCUGGGCGAUGACUGCAAUUAGCUUAUACAUUAGAAUUCAGGUCAACAUCUUAGGGAGACAUCUAUACAUAGAUACUGCACAAGACCUUGGUGGAUUUCAAACUGAGGAUGGCGAACUGAUGGAUAGAAGCGACGAACAACUGUUUUUGGCGAGUGCUGAUUUUCUUUCAAGUCAGAGAAUUCCCACACUCAUAUCUAAUAUGCAAGCUGCCACAACUGAAGUUCUCAGAGGAAAGCAGUUGAGGGAUGUCUUCAAUUCUAGUGUACUUGAUGAAACAAUUAUGCAUAUAUUGAACACGUUCAUGAGCAACGGGAGACCUCAUCACUGGGUGGAUUAUUUGAUGCCUGAGGUAGUCAGUCGGGUCACUAAACUAGAUCAACUCAUGGGGGAGACACGAACAGUUUUAUCAAGUUCUGAAUUUGGGAAUAUUCUAGAGAUGUCGCUGAAAAAAGUGGUGGAGGGAUUGAUGGAGGACAUGAAGUUACAGUUUGGUGUUGGUGGUGAUGGGAGUUUGGGGGUACCGCUUGCCAAACUUAUUCCACGCGUUGCACAGAUUAGUCCGCUGCUGCUGGAGGAACCCAGCCGGAAUAAGUUUACUCAUAUCAUUCAAAACAUUCCCCAAGUUGAACUUUUCUUCACUCUGCUCUACACAAACAUGUAAAUCUUCUCUACUUGUACCACCAAAUAUUAUAUAGAGACUUACUUGUAUGUUGUUGCUUGUCCUUUUCUUUUUCCCUUUCCCUUUCCCUUCACUAAGUUUGAAGCUUUAGCUUUUCAUGUUUUAGUUCCUGUCAAAAAUAGAUGGUAAUAUAUAAAACCUUUUAUUUAGCUAGUAAUUAUAUAAGGUAUUGGAUUGUGUGGUCUUAGAA